GCGCGCCAAUGUGUGAGUGGACUCUCUCUCUGGCACAUACCCGUCCACUCAGAGACACACUCACUGUCUCUCCCCUGAUUCAUUAAUUCAGCGCUAUAAAGGACCGUUAUCAGGCAGCGGAUGGUGCUCGUUAAGCGCUAGGACAGAGCUGAUAGUGAUGAUGAUGGAAGGACAGUGCAGCCGCUGCAAGAUCGUGGUGGUCGGUGACACUCAGUGUGGAAAAACGGCGCUGCUGCAUGUGUUCGCCAAGGACAGCUACCCAGAGAAUUACGUGCCCACAGUGUUUGAGAACUACACGGCGAGCUUUGAGAUCGACAAGCACCGCAUCGAGCUGAACAUGUGGGACACAUCAGGGUCCUCGUAUUAUGAUAAUGUCCGGCCCCUGGCGUAUCCAGACUGUGAUGCUGUGCUCAUCUGUUUUGAUAUAAGCAGACCAGAGACGCUGGACAGCAUCCCUAAAAAGUGGCAGGUGGAGGCUCAAGAGUAUUGUCCUAGUGCAAAGUUGGUGCUGGUUGGCUGUAAGUUGGAUAUGAGAACAGAUGUCAGCACCUUACGGGAACUGUCCAAACAGAGACUCAUACCUGUCACUCAUGAACAGGUGAGCGUACACACACACACACACACACACACUCACACACACACAGAGGACUGGAACAUGAAGAGAAAAUAG